AUGUUGUGGAAAUUAGCCGACAACGUGAAGUAUGAGGAUGACUGUGAGGAAAGGCACGACGGCAACAGCAAUGGGAACCCCCGGCUGCCUCACCUGCCAGCGGUCAGUCAGCACCUCUACAGCCCGUCUCCCUCCCUCUCACACUCGGCCAGUUCGGACUUCCAGCCCCCGUACUUCCCGCCUCCCUACCAGCCCAUCUCCUACCCGCAGUCCAGUGACCCCUACUCCCACCUCGGCGACCCUUUUAACAUCAACUCCCUACACCAGUCGCCGUCGUCGAACCAGCAACAAUGGCCCGGUCGGCAGGGCCAGGAUGGACUCGGUGCGCACGGGAGGAGCGGACUGGCGAGUCAAAUCCUGGGCCUGGAAGGCUCGUCCGGGGUGAGGAGGGAAGGCUUCCGCCGGCCGGAGCUGCUGCCCCCACACGUGCACAGCAUAGAGUCGUCGGUUAUUGGUGAUAACAUGGGAAUGCACGACAUGGGGCACGGGAUGGACGACGUUCAACAUGUAGAUGACCACAGUAUUAUAAUGGCAGAUCAGACAGUCAUCAAAAAAGUAUUAGGACUACGAGGUGGCAGGAACCUUGAUCGCUUACAGAGGACUUAUUAUCAGGGGGGCAUUCUUGCGGGGCCUGUCACUCUACCCAAAGGCAACGCGCUGGGUCUUCCUUUCCAGAAAGAGUCCCUGCUGGGCAUGGUAUCAAACCCCACAGAGGUAUUCUGCUCCGUACCGGGCCGUCUUUCCUUGCUGAGCUCCACAUCCAAGUACAAGGUUACCGUGGCAGAGGUCCAGAGACGUCUGUCACCCCCUGAGUGCCUCAACGCAUCGCUCCUCGGAGGGGUUUUACGCAGAGCCAAGUCAAAAAAUGGAGGUCGCUCUCUGAGAGAAAAGCUGGAUAAGAUUGGGCUCAACCUGCCUGCAGGAAGAAGGAAAGCAGCCAAUGUCACUCUACUUACCUCACUAGUAGAAGGUGAAGCUGUUCAUUUAGCGAGAGACUUUGGUUACGUUUGUGAGACAGAGUUUCCCGCAAAGGCAAUUGCUGAAUACCUGGGCAGGCCGCACGUGGAACGCAACGAGGUUAACUCUCGCAAGAACAUGCUCCUUGCAGCCAAGAAUAUCUGCAAGGAGUUCACUGACCUGCUCACUCAGGACCGCUCACCUCUGGGAAACUCUCGGCCGGCCCCCAUCAUGGAGCCUGGAAUCCAAGGCUGCCUGACCCACUUCAGCCUCAUCACUCAUGGCUUUGGCUCUCCGGCCAUCUGCGCCGCCAUGACCUCACUUCAGAACUACCUGAACGAGGCGCUCAAACAAGUGGACAAGAUGUACCUGAGCUCUGGUAGCGACACCCAGGGAUCCUCAGACAGUGGAAGCAAAUCUGCCGACAAAAUGGACAAGCACAGGAAAUGA